GAUUGAUGUAAUAUUUGCAUUCAUCACAGUUUUUUUUCGUAAGCAUAGGUUGAAAAGUAACCCCCCUUAAAAAACACACACACAUUUUGUUGACCGUAUCACUUUAUUUUCCUUAUUAUUAAUUUUAAUAAUACUUUCUUCCUGGAAGAAGAUAUCGAUUUUUGCUCUUCUUCUACCUUUUCCUUCUCUCGAUCGAGAGGAAGACAGAGAGGCCGGUGCUAAAGAGAAUUUCCAACCGACAGCUUCGCGGAUUCAGAUGGGCAUCAUGCUAAUUUGAUUAAAUGAGAUUCUGGGGAUUAAGUUUAAGUGAGAAGGCUGUUAAAGUUCCUGAUGGGGAUAAAGUACUUGCCUGUCUCGGUAGCAUCAACAGCUCUGAGCUUCGUCGGCCUGCAAGUCUGGACAGAGUUGUCUCUUGAUAGACUUAGAGCGGAUGGGCUGAUUGCCAAGAACAUUUCGUUAGGAGACUCCGAGCAUGCGCUUGAGCUGCUUCUGGGUUCUUACUUCACAAUCGCGCUGCUCACAAAUUUUGUGUUCAAUGUGUAUAUUCUUCUGGUGCUUUCUCUCAAGACUCUAUUUUUUGGAGAUUUAUAUGGCGUUGAAACUAAAAAGUUGGUGGAGCGACUUGCCAAUUACAUCAUUUACAAGGGUACAUUUCUGCCGCUGGUGAUUCCCCCAACAAUAUUCCAGGGUGUACUGUGGUCAGUUUGGCUGACUGUUCUAUGCACUUUAAAGAUGUUUCAAGCUUUGGCUAGAGACCGGCUUGAACGAUUGAAUGCAUCUCCUUCUUCUACACCUUGGACAUACUUUCGUGUGUAUUCAGUGCUCUUCUUGGUUCUCUCUGUUGAUAUGUUGUGGAUAAAGCUUUCCCUUAUGACAUACAAUACAAUUGGUUCCUCUGUGUACCUUUUGUUACUUUUUGAGCCAUGCAGUAUAGCUUUUGAGACCUUGCAGGCGCUGUUAAUUCAUGGGUUUCAGCUGCUUGAUAUGUGGAUCAACCACUUAGCAGUCAAGAACUCAGACUGCCAAAGAUCUAAGUUCCUCGAUUCCAUGACAGCAGGUUCACUGUUGGAAUGGAAGGGACUCCUCAACCGUAACCUUGGUUUCUUCCUGGACAUGGCUACUUUGGUAAUGGCACUUGGUCAUUAUUUGCACAUCUGGUGGCUGCAUGGCAUUGCCUUUCAUCUGGUGGAUGCAGUUUUGUUUCUCAACAUACGUGCAUUACUCAGUGCAAUUUUGAAACGAAUAAAAGGAUACAUUAAACUGAGAAUAGCUCUGGGCGCUCUCCAUGCAGCCCUUCCUGAUGCAACUUCUGAAGAGUUACGGACAUAUGAUGAUGAAUGUGCUAUAUGCCGGGAACCUAUGGCUAAGGCUAAAAGGCUUCACUGCAACCACCUUUUCCAUCUUGGAUGCCUGCGAUCCUGGUUGGAUCAAGGUCUAAAUGAGGUUUAUUCUUGUCCUACAUGUCGCAAACCUCUUUUUGUUGGUAGAACUGAAAGUGAGGUGAAUCCUCGCACUGUGGAAGUCUCAAGUGAUGAGCAGUUAGCCCGUCAGCUUGAAAGACAAAACAAUCCUGAACAUCCACUAGCCACUGGAUUAUUUCCUGCCGAGGUGCCAAAUUCCGUUGAAAGUGAUCCUUCGAGUCUUCGUUCUGAUAGACUAAAUAGUUUCAUUUCGAACUGGAUUGUUCAAGUUCUCAACCUUCUCCUUUCACAAAAUAGGAACUUGGGAUUGGAUCCAACCUGGCUGCAGACAUGGUCAGGUCAAGGUGUUGAUGUUGCUGGUCCCUCUACCGCUUCUAGGUCCGUUGGCCUGGGGCGGGUUCAGAUGAUGAUGAGGCAUCUUGCAUCUGUUGGGGAAAGUUAUGCUCAAACAGCACUUGACGAUGCUGCUUGGAGUCUAUGGCCAAUGAACCCUUCACAAGCAUCCACUUCUUCCACAACCACACCUCCUGUUGCUGGUGGGAGGACAGGUCCUCUGCAUCUAAGAACUGUAUCAAGUGGGGCAAAUGAAAGCUUGGCAAAUAUACUAGCGAUGGCCGAGACAGUGAGGGAAGUUAUGCCACAUGUGCCUGAUGAAAUCAUUUUCCAGGACCUGCAGAGAACAAACUCUGUUGCUGUUACAGUGAACAAUCUUCUCCAGAUGUGAUGAUAGUUUUGUGUAAAAAUACCGAGCACUUGCAAGUUGCAGCACUUCCAUAUCAACCUUAGGUAUAGAUUAAUGAUUGGGGAUAUAUCUCUGUCCUUAAGUUUACACACCACCCAACAAUCCAAGAUUCACCCGCUGUAAAUAGAAGGCGUUGGUGCGUCACUCCUUGCUAUAGAGAAGAAGAAGAGGCUCUAGUGUAUAGUAGCUUCUGUUCAUUGCUCCUCUUGCGAACAAAUAAAGCUACACAAGGUGCUGAUACCCUCUGGUGGUCUGGGGAGAGACGACUCUGUGCUGCUACUUCUCCUGUAUAAGAAUGUGUAAUUUACAAUAAAAAAGAAGCAGAUUAAAGAAUCUACUGUUAUUGAUCCAAUAGCCUGUGUGUGUAGUAAGAAUAUCAUCAAAUGUGUAAACUCAAAAUUUUCUCUAAAACCUUAAAAGCAUCGUCCUAUUUUCCUUUAUACUGGCUUUGAUGACUUAAAAUACCGCAGGCUUUUGCUUUAAUGCAAAGAGAAUAAU